ACUGCGCCACCGUAGAAAAAGAUGGCUGAGCAGUCACCGGAACCGGUGCGUUUCGGCAUAUUAGGUUGCGCUAACAUAGCUCGAAAAGUAUCACGCGCCAUCACAGUCGCUCCAAACGCCACUAUCUCCGCCAUAGGCAGCCGUACGAUCGAAAAAGCAACAGCCUUUGCUAAAGAAAACAAUUAUCCAUCAACAACGAAAAUUUACGGGAGUUAUGAGGCCGUUUUGGAUGACCAGGAAGUUGAUGCUGUUUACGUUCCUCUUCCUACAAGCCUGCAUUUAAAGUGGGCUGUGUUGGCAGCCCAAAAGAAGAAGCAUGUUUUGCUGGAAAAGCCUGUUGCGUUAAACGUGAAGGAGUUGGAUGUGAUACUGGAGGAGUGUGAAUUGAAUGGGGUGCAGUACAUGGAUGCUACUAUGUGGAUGCAUCAUCCUCGUACUAUUAAGAUGAAGGAAUUCAUGUCUGAUUCUCAACGCUUUGGAACUCUCAAAUCGGUACACAGCACUUUUACCUUUCUUGCCCCCACUGAGUUUCUUAAGAAUAACAUUCGUGUGAAGCCCGAUCUUGAUGCUCUAGGCGCUCUAGGUGAUGCUGGUUGGUACAGUAUUCGAGCUAUUUUGUGGGCUACUGAUUACGAACUGCCCAAAACAGUAACAGCUCUGCGCGAUCCAGAAUUAAAUGAAGCUGGAGUUAUCCUAUCUUGUGGCGCUUCUUUGAGUUGGAAAGAUGGAAGGGUAGCAACUUUUCAUUGUUCAUUUCUAACCAAUAUGUCCAUGGAUAUCGUUGUUAGUGGAACCACGGGAAACCUGCGGGUCCAUGACUUUGUAAUUCCGUUUCAAGAAAAUGUUGCUCCAUUUUACACGGUGGAAGGUUCGAAGUUUGGUGAACUUCUGCUAGCGAUUUAUCCUGCACCAAGUGAGCAAGAAGUCAGCACAGAUCUUUCUCAAGAGGCUCUCAUGGUAGAGGAGUUCUCUAACCUUGUUGAAAGUGUCAGAGGGCAAGGUUGUAAACCAGAGAACAAGUGGCCAAUAAUUAGUAGAAAGACACAACUUGUGGUGGAUGCUGUCAAAGCAUCAAUUGAGAAAGGUUUUGAGCCUGUUGAGGUUGUCUAUUAGUUGCUGCUUUGUCAUAUUCUCUGUUUAUUGUAUCUGAAUGAAUGUUGUAUUCACUGUAUUAGACCACGUGUCUCUUAAUAAAGGCCUCAUCUGGCUUCCUCAUUCGUAAUCUCUGUUUUUACCAGGUAAUGAUACCCAAGCCUAAGCCUAGAAGAACGUCGAGUUCAUUAGAUUAAAAGGCUCUGUUCCAUUAAGAUCUUUAUUUUAGAUCUGAAAAUAAACGAGAAAAUAGGGAGUAAAGAAUUAUGUUCAUCCAUUUCCCCGUUUACAUAAAAUCCCAUAUCUGCCAAACAAUCUUCCACCACCAUUUCUGAACUGUGAACUGUAGAUCAAAAUCAGCUUGGCACAUGACGUGAUUUAAUUGGACAACAUACUAGGAAAC